ACUGUUAUUUUUUGCGAAGUGAAACAGAGUUUGUUGCUAUUGAAGCAAACAAAUAAAUUUUGAUGAAAACAUUAAAGGACGGCAAAAUUUUAAAAAUAAUAUACAAAUUGUUUCUUGAUCUCCAACGCUUGUUUUAUUAUCAGUGGCGCGAUUGUACUUAAUUAUUAUUUCCAAUUUUAUUUUGUACGUGUAAAGGAGGCCGUAAUGGUUAGUUUCGAAGUAAUACAGAAUCCAAAUUGAUAAUAUUAUUUAUGUUAAAAUGGAGACAACUGUAGAUUGCAAGCAGAUUGAACAGUGUAUAAAAGGCUUAUUAUUUAAAAAUAAAGUUACGGAUCAGCCACUUCAAAAUGAUCAGCCACUUCAAAAUGAUUCCAGUUUUAAAACUCAUCCAUACAAAUUUUCAAUUGAUGACAAAUAUCUUGUUUCAAAUAUAGAAGAAAAGACACAGCUGGGUGUAAAAACAGCGAAUUCUGCAUUUUGUAGUUUACCAUCUAAAACUGAAAAGUUAAAUAAUGAAACUGGAGUUAGUGAAUUGAUUGAUUUAAAUGUUUUAACAAAUUUUGCUGCUGAGCAUUUAGAGAAUACAAAUUUCAGUUCUUCAGAUUUGGUUUUGAAUAGCAAUUCAGCAAGGCUACCUCAUCCAGAACAUGAAGAUCAUGAUACUCCCAAUGAUAUAGAAAAGAAACCAGUGAUUUCAGUGUUAUUGGAUAAUAUAUCAAAAGAAAUAAAAAAUUCUCCAAAUUUUCUGAGCAUGCCCGAAAAUCCAUUGCCUGAAACAUCUCGUAGUUCUCAAAAUUACACCAUUAGUAAUGGGUUUGAUCCGUCAUUUUGUAAACAGAAUGAUGCUGUACAGAAUAAAAAGGCUCGCUCAAGAAAGAAAAAACUCCAAAAAUAUAAUACCAAGGAAAAGAAAUUUCAUGACAUAAUGCUCGAACCAAGCAUUGCUGGUCAAAAAUCUGUUGGGAAACCUGUGAAUCCACCUAAGCCUGGUUUAUUGAAUGCUUCAAAUUUUAAAACCAAAUUGGAGGCUAGUUCAAAAGAAAAAACAGUUUUUAAUUCAAAUGACAAAAAAAGUAUUCCUACGACAUCUAAUCAGAUAUCAGAUAUCAAAGUCAAAAGAAAUAAUUUGACCUCAAAAGGGAAGGAAUAUUCUUUUUCUAUUAUACAGGGAAAUUAUAAGUUUCAGUGUCAUCUUUGUAACCAUAAUUGUGAAGGAAAAAGCAAUGUGGUAAAACAUCUGCAAUCAAGAAGUCAUCGAAUUCAUAAAGAGCAAAAUGACUUGGAUAUGAUGCUUCCAUAUCUUCCUGUGCCAUUACCUGAGCAAAUUGAAGCCAUUAAUGAUCUGCUUCUUAAUGAAAUUUCUCAAUUUGGUCUGAGAGAUAAAGAUCUGAUUAUAAGAAAAAAUUUAAUUGAUAGAGUAACUAAAUUUGUAGAAGAGCAUGUUCAGUCAUGCUCUGUGGAAGCUAUCGGCUCAUCAGCCACUGGUUUUGGCCUCCAGAGUAGUGCAGUGGACUUCACUCUAAAACUUGAACCUGAUGAUAGUGUACCCGAUGCUUUAGAAAAUGUGUUCAAAGCUAUUAAUUCUGAUGAUUCUUUUGGAGAUGUGAAGAAUGACUUUAAGAAAAAAAGACCUUCCAUUCAUUUUAUUGACAAGGAAACCCGUUUAACUUGUAAUAUAGAGAUAGAUAAUGGAUUUUCAGUGAAACUUGCAAAUCUCCUAGCAUUGUAUCAUGAUUUAGAUGAAAGAGUUCCAGUACUUGGAACUGCUGUUCGAUUUUGGGCUAAUUUAUGUGAGAUUGAUCAACAAGACUGUGGAACUCUGCCAUCCUUUGCUUUUGAAAUAUUAUUAAUUCAUUUUUUGCAACAAGUAAAUCCACCAGUUCUGCCUGUACUGCAUGAGGUAAAAAGUUAUUCCAGUACUGUAGAGUUUUACAAGAUAUAUAAAGAGAAGAAAGAAUGGGUCAGUGAGAAUUCGAGCUCUGUUGGAAAACUAUGGAUUAAUUUUUUUAAGUUUUACAACUUCAGCUAUAAGAUAGGUGAAGAUGUUAUCUGUAUUCGAAGUCUGAAAAGAGUUUCUUGUGGUGAAAAGAAUUGGUCUACCAAGUUUUAUGCAAUUGAAGAUCCAUUUUUGAAAAGAAAUCUGGCUUAUGUGAUACCUACCUAUCAAGUUUGUCACUAUAUUCAUGAUUGCUUUUUGAGGACAUACCGCUAUUUUGCUUACCCACGAUUAAAAGAUGGCUGUAUAAAAUUAAUAAAGGCCGAUUGGUGUAAUGCUGCUCUCUUGUCUUCAUUUUCAGCAAAAAAACCAUUGAUGAAAGAAGAUUCUACAGAGUCAGAUAUGUCAGAAAAUGAAGAUCAGUUAGAUGUGAGUCAGGACUUAGAAGAUCAUGAUCAAGAUAUACCUUUUGAUGAUGUUAUAGCAACAGUAUCCAAAUUGACAUUAGAUGAAUCUGAUGUGGAAAAAACAGAAGGGGAUUCUGAAUUCUUGCCAUCUGUUCCAUCAGCUGAUUUAACAACAGAAGAAGAGACUGAAACUUUUGCUAAAGAGAAAGAGUCAAAGGCAAAUGAAAAAGCUGUUGAUCAAACAGUUAUGUGUUUUUGGGACUUACCAAAGGAAAAAUUUAGCAAAGAGUCCUUUGAUUAUAUAUUUAAAGCACAAUUUUUCAAAGGAGUGAAGAGUGUACCUAUAGUAUGCAGGAUGUGUAAAUGUCAGGGUCAUCAAAAAAAGGAUUGUCCUAAUGAUCAAUUGCCAACUCCUUGUACUUUGCCUGAGAUGACUCCUGAAUUUUUAGAAAGUGUGAACAAAGCUUUGUUUUAUAUAAGGGAUAAACAUGCUGUGACAGAUACCGAUAUGAAAGGCAUGACGUCAGACAUGGAAGAGAUCCAGCAUUAUAUCAGAGAAGUUUUCCCUGAUGCAUCUUUAAGUUUAUUUGGGUCUUUCUGCAAUGGCUUUGGAUUUAAAACCAAAAGUGACAUGGAUUGUUGUCUCACAUUUGGAGCUAGAGAGGACAGUAAAGAUCUGGAUUGUAUUGAUAUUAUUGAAAAGGUGGCUAAGCAACUGCAUGCACAUCCUAAACUUGAAAACAUCAUUUCUGUAACAAGUGCAAAAGUUCCUAUAGUUAAAUUUACAUAUAGUCAUUCUGGUCUUGAAGGAGAUAUAAGUCUGUACAAUACUUUGGCUCUUGUUAAUACCGAGAUGUUAGAAACAUACAGCAAAAUUGAUCAGAGGGUCCAAAUUUUAGGCUUUGCUUUAAAAUAUUUUGCUAAGACUUUGGGAAUAUGUGAUGCAUCUCGUGGAAGUUUAUCUUCAUAUGCAUAUAUAUUGAUGGUUAUAUAUUUCUUGCAACAGAGAAAUCCUCCUGUAAUCCCAGUUUUGCAGGAAUUAUAUAAUGGUGAAAAACCUUCUAAAUUGAUUGAAGGGUGGAAUGUGUGGUUUUUUAAAGAUAUAGAUAAACUGGCAGAUGUGUGGUCUGAUUAUGGGAAGAACAAAGAGAGUGUAGCAGAAUUAUGGUUGGGCUUACUGUCAUUUUAUGCAUGUGAUUUUGACUGGAGAGAGUAUGUUGUAUCCAUACGACAGAAAAAUCUUCUGACUCGUUUCAGAAAAUUGUGGCUUUCUGACCAAAUUGCUAUAGAAGAUCCUUUUGAUCUGAAUCAUAAUCUUGGAGCUGGAUUAAGCAGAAAAAUGAAUUCUUACAUAUUGAAAGCUUUUAUUCGGGGACGGGAGCGUUUUGGAACUCCAUUGUCAGUCGAAAGAAUGAGCACUAUACUUGGUUAUGAAGUGGGGUACCUGUUUGAUCGCCGUUUUCUGAAUUCUGGUUGUGAACCUCCUCAUGACAGAGGUUGUCGAAACUGUGGAAAAAUAGGGCAUAUUGCGAAAAACUGUAGCCAACAAAAGAGGUGCUCAGUGUGCAAUAGCAGUGAUCAUUUAUGUAAAAACUGUCCUAAAAGACGUAAAGGGAGAAGAUCUAAAGGUCCAGUGCAAAAUGAUUUUCAUGAAAAUUCAUCAAGGCAGAUGACUGCUGAAAAUCAAAAUUCACAUGCUGGUCAGCAAAAAAGAAAGAAAGUUGAAACUGCCGUAAAAAACGUAGCACCUGCAUCACAUGGACAUUGGAACUCCAAUGAAGCUGACAUCCAACGAAAAAUGUUAUCAUCAGGAAUGCCAGUGCAUCGCUUGCCUGUGCCACCACCUGGAUUUGCACCUCAUUCUUACAAGCCACCUCCUGGUUUUAAAGCAAAUAUAAAUAUGCAUCAAAAUUCAUAUCCUCAGCCUUUUGUGCAACACAUCCAACUGCGUUCCCCAUUUUCACGACAGGAGAAUAGCCCUCCAAAGCAAUAUAGUGUAUCACCACCAAAGAACUUCCCUGGAGCGAAGCCUUUUCCUCAUGCUGCAUCGAUGAAUAUGCAACUCGGGGCACAAAUUGAGCGGCAUCCUGCAGCUCCCGAUCAACGGCAUAUCCAAACACUGUGGAGGACUAAAGGGUCUCAAAUAAGAGACUCUUUCACACAUCAACAGCCCAAUCAGCCGCAAAUGGUUGAGCACCGACCUCGGACCCGUUCUAACAUUCUCCCUUUCAGUCCCAGCUAUUUAGGUGACAAGCGGCAAUGUUGAGAUGCAUUUCAUUAUUUUUAUUAAUGACAGGUUGUAAAAGUACUGCUGCUACAUUUUUUAAAACAAAGAGUGCAGUCGCACAAAUGAUGUUGUUAAUGUUUUAAGUUUUGGACUUAUUGUUCAAAAGGCAGUUCUUCUUAUGCUGUCCUUCCCAACAAAAAAUAUCAGUUGAAUUUAAAUGCAUCUGGAUAAAAUUUAAUUUGAAAGUGCAUCUUUAGAACUAUUCUUUUAGCACUCAUUUUCAUCCUGCAAUAAUGGUAAUAAUUUUUUUAUGAAUUUAAAAAAAAUGUAUUCAAUCCAAAUAGCAAAAUAUUUAUUUGUAUAUAAAUUAUUUACUGUGUGUGUAAUCUUUGUGAAGCACUUAAUUUCUUUAUAACACAUGUAAUUUUUGACAGUAUUUAAUAAUAUCACUUUUGCUAUCCAUAAAAAAUAUUAUUAGUUAACUCUCAGUUUAUACUUAAGUCAAAAUAUGUGUUUUUGUGCAUCUCAUUAAAUCAAAAUUUGCUUUAAGCUCUUGACGUUUAUAAUGGGGAAAUAGCAGAAAGUUUCAUUGUUUUUUACUCUGAAAAGAGACAACAAAGCUUCCUUAAGCAUUUUAUAAAUUAAAAAAAAUUAUUCAAGUUAUUAUGUAGUUUAUUAAUUUGAAAUUAUUACAAUAUCAUUUUAAAAAUCUCUCCGAGAUUACAUCUAGUCUACAUUCUCAGCUUAUCUUCAUCAAAAAGAUGCAUUUUUCAAAUUAGUGUGAAAAGUUAGAAUAUGUAAUGCAUGAAAGGAAUCUGAAGAUGCAUUUCACUAGAUCAUCUUAGUUACAGAUUGCUAUCUUAUUUGUUAACAGAAAAUUAAAAAUUGCUAAAAAUGUCUUUUGAAGCCUAAUAUAUAAUUCAUAUGUUUAACAUUAUUGAAAUUUUUGUUAUAUUGUGUAAUUUGAUUUUCUGUACAUAUUAUACAGAAUUAUAAUUAUUUCUAAAGUAAUCACUAAAAUUAUUGAAUUAUAAUAUCGACAUUGAAAUGUACUCCUCUUUAUAUUAAUUUUGGUUUAACUUGCUUAUAUAGUAAUUUUGGUUUACUGUAAUUUGCCAAAUUUUUGUAGUCGUGCUUUUAAAUGAUCCAGAACUGUAAUACAUCAUUUAAGUCUAAUGAAAAGUUAUCAAAAAGUACAUUUUAUUAUAGCGUUUUGAAAAUUUAGGCUGAAAAUUUUCUAUUAUGAAGUAAUUCUUUUAAAAUGAAUAAAGAUUUUAAAGGAAUGAUAAUAUAUUUUCAGUUGUUAAUUUAAUUUUUGAAUCUUUUCAGUUUCAUAGUUAUAUGCAUUUCAGGCAUAAAUUAUGUUUGUCAGUGUGUGCAUUAAUUAUAUAUGUAUGAAUUGUGUGAGAAAAUAUUUUACACUUUUUUCCCCAUCAGUUCUUGUGAUGCUUAAAUUUGAACUUAUUGGCAUAAGGUUAUUUAAAUAGGUAUGAUUUGCUGUGAAUAUUAUUCGUAAUGUUGUGUAAAUCAGGGAAGGGGGGACUGCAAUCAAGUAUGUAAAUAAAUUUUUACUUCUUUAAAAAGAGGUUAUUAUUUUGUAUACUGGUGAUAUUGGGAUAGAUGGUGGCUUUAAUUUUUUUCUCCAUUUGUUUUCAUGUGAUACAUUUAUUACUUCUUCUGUUAUUUAAAUGUGUGUUCUGUGGCUUAUUAAGAUUCAUAUGUUAAUGGAUAAGAGAUGUUUGGUGAUGGGAUGAAUAUUUUGAAGGUUAUGUAAUGUACACAUUAGACAUACAAGUGUAGAAGGGAAUACUGUUUCUUCAUUAUUUCCAUUUAAAAUCCUCAUUUUGUGUUUUUCGAGUGUAUUAAAAAUGACUUGCUUUAUUAGAUUUUUAACACAACUAGCUAUUCAACAUUAGUAGCAAUGUAUAUAUAUUGAUUGUUAUAAUGAACGUGAUAAGCAAAUAUGACAAUAUCAUUGAACACUAAAUUUAAUAAAAUUAAUAAAUUAAUUUUUUUAAUUUAUUAAUUUUAGAUUUCAAUUUAUUAAUUCAAGGUUCAGAUUUCAAAUUAUAGAGCAAUGUAAAACAUGUUUUUAAUCAGUAAGCAGGCAAGAAUCAAAUUGUUAUAUUUGAGUAACUUUGAAAUUUAAGUUAAUUGCUAAAUCAACUGAAUUUUCAUCAAGAAUACCAUCCACUAUACCAGGGUAAUAAUAUUUUAUUCAUACUAAUAUUAUAGUGAAAAUUAUUAUGCAUUUCGGUCAGUAAAAUAAUUAUGAUUAAUUAUUACCAUAAUUCUAAACUCUAAAAUUUGCUUGAACUACUGUGUGAACGAACAUUACGAAAAAAUGUGGGAUGUUCAUUCUGUAUUUAAAACUGAAGAUAAUCCUUAAGAAAAGACCUGGAUUUAAGAGUUUUGGUUCCAAAUGGUUUUUUUCAAUCAGGUGUUAUUUUAUACCCUAUAUUUAAACAAAAAAAGUAUUUUAAGUUGUAAUAUUUUUCAGCGUUUAACGUAUUAAGUCAUUAAAAUCAUUUUCUAAGAGGUUAUAAGGGGUUUGAGGAGUACGUAAAUGCUGUAAAUUACAGCAAAACUUAAAACUACUAAUCAGGUCUUAUGCCAGUAUAUGUUAUUAAUAUUACAAAGAACUAGUACAAUUUGAUAAGUUAUUUUAAAUUUGACAAUCAUGCUUAUAUAUUACUUUAUUAUAGGUGACUUUGUUAUGUAUCUUAGAACAUAUUUCUUAAAGUUUCUCUGCUAAUUUAAUGUUAUAUUGUUUACUGGCUGUGGGUAGAUAUUACUGUAAUUUUAACAUUGUCAGUUUAAUGCAUUGAAAUGCAUUUUAGUAACCAAUAUUUGUUUUCAAUUUAUUUUAAUCUGUGAGCUGGAGCAACUGAAAUAAAUACAAAUUUAUUAAUGGAUUUAUUUCCGAACAUUAUAAGUUCAAACAUUCAGAAAUUAUUCUUUCCUAUCUGAAACCUCUCUGAAUAGUUGCACUUUUCUUAAUGCUUUCGUUUUUCCUUAUUGAAUGACUAGGAAAUUGUUAUGGUUUUCAUGUAUGAAUGCAUUUUUAUUUAUGUUCUUAAGCUCCAUAGAAAAUAACUUUAUCUCAAAUUAGCAUAAUACUAGAACUACUAAAGGUCAAUUAUGCCUAUUGUAACUGUGGUAGUGUCAUUGGUAGUUCUAGUAUUAAAGAAUAUAUUUAUUUCAAAUAAAUACCUAUGUUAAUGAGACGGAAUAUAUUUAUUUCAAAUAAAUACCUAUGUUUGUGAGACAGUCUCUUUUGCCUGUAUCUUAUAAAUGAAUACCUUGUUUAUAAGGUAGCAUAUUUUGCUGUAUGCAUUUCUUGUGAAGUAAGCUCACAUGAAUGUCCUCAAUUCAAACAUUCUUGCUAUUGAUGUUUAAUAUUCAAAAUUUACUUUUGGAGAGAUGAAAAUUUUGCAGUUUUUAUAAUGGCACUGACUAUAUCUAAAUAUUUUCACGCAAAUUUCUAAAUAUAUGUGUAUUAUUCCACUUUUUUGAAUACAGACUUAAAAAAAAAUGUAGUUAUUCGUUUGUACAUACAUGAACAUGUAGCAAAUAUGUAAUUACCCUUAUAAUAAAACAAUGGUCAUUAGAAGGACUGAACCAGACAGUUGAUAGAUUCAUAAGGUAUCAAAGUAAAGCAGUCAUUCAGUUAUAGAAGUUUGCAACACAAGUAUUAGAUUUCAAAGAAUUUAGUUAGAAACUUUUCUGUAACAAAAAUUAAAUCAAAUCUUUAAAUGUGUUAUAGAAGUAUAUGGAGCAGCAAUGAUUUGGAUGAUUAUGAAAAUAUGUUAUAAAUACUGCAAAAACUGUUGUUUAUGAUAUAUAUCUAUCUCAGGUUUCCGUUUCUUAUCAGUUACUUAAAAAUAACAUCAAGAUGAUAAUUCACAUUUCAUUUUGCAUACCGUAUUUGCUGGUGUAUAAGACGCACCCCCUUUUUAUACAUACUUUUUAUGGAUAAAACUUUAUUACUGAUCAUUAUAGGAAUUUACAGUAUUUUAAACAUAAAAUAAUACAAAGUAAUAUUUUCUUCAAAUACCCAAUGUAUCUGGGAAAGAAACCUAAUCUCCUUCGUCAAAAUCCAGACAUUCAUCUCCAGAGCUAAAUGAAGAGUCACUUGAAAGCUCUUCUAAAUCUGCAUCUCAGUCCUCAUACAACAAAUUGUCCUUUGUAUCAUCCAGUGCAUUACUAAGGCCACAGUUUUUAAAUGAUAUAACCACCGUCUUUGUUUUCACAGCAUCUCGUGAAACUUAACCCAUUCACAGACUAUGUAUCAAUGCAAAAAGUGUCGAUGUAUAAGGCACAUCCCGUUUUCCAGACCUAUUUUCAAAGGAAAAAAGUGUGUCUUAUAUGCUGGCAAAUAUGGUACAUUGCGAGCUUUUCUAUGCAUCUUGUUCAAAAUUUAAUGCAGCGUUACCUGAAAUUCAAAUUGCUUCGGGUCCUGUGUAUUACAUAGUACUUCUCAAAAUUUCUAUUAUAAUACUUAUAUAAGUUCUGUAGAAAAGAAAUAAUAUUAUAUAGAUAAAUCCAGUGAUCUGGCAGGCCAUAAAAUAUUUUUAUUCUUUGGCAUAGCCUAAAUAAGAUAUUAAUUGGAAUGUGAAUGGAAGUCCUUGAAAUGUCUCAUUCGUCAUUGUAAAAUCAUCUAAUUCGUUGUCACACCCUAUAUUUUUGGAAGUAGUAAUGAGAAAUAUUAUUAAAAAUAUCCAGCGGCAGGUUACUGUACUAUUACCACCUGAAAUGGAUCCAUUUAUACAAUCAGUGGAAGAAUAAAAUUUCUAAUGCACUUAAAUUUGCCAUUGUAUUUUAAUAUUUAAAAAUGUUUUGUGCCUGUAGUAAUAAACCUAUUAAAAAUAGCACUUUAACAUAGAAAUCAUUCUCUUGCUUUGUUAUGCAAAAUAAUUUAAAUAUUUAUAUUUUAUAUGUCAGUAUGCUCAUAAAAGGAUAAUGUUUUUGUAUGUUUCAUUGAGAUUGAUAAGUAAUAUAGUGCAUAGUGUCAUAAAUGAUCAAAAUCUUUAUGAUUCUGAGGUAUCGGCUUAGCCAUUAAACUGUGUUAUUUCCAUGUAUUGAAUGUGAAUAUCAUUGGAGUAUUUUUUGUGUUCAGCAUACUCAUAUCCCAGUCUUAGAUGUUAGUAUAUCAGUGAGUAUGCUGAGAUAACACGAAAACAUUGUUAAUUCAAAAAUGGCCUUAUGCUAUAAAAAAUGAAUUCAGCUAAUGUUUUUAAAUAAUGAUAAAAUUUAUACUGAUUUAUAAGUGUUUUUGCCAUUAACAGAAUAUUGUAAUCCUUUUUUAUAAUUAUGUUGUUGUGGUCAAUGGGGUAGUUAGAAGUAUCACCUGGCAGUUUAUCAUUAAACACAAAUCAGUUUGAUGACUCAUUUAAUUUAAUAACUUAUAUGUAUAUACCAGUAGUCACUGUUGAUCAUACUUGCUUUUUUAAUUUUCAUCUUCAGUGUCUUUUUGCCACUGUUUUGUUGCCCAUUCUUAAGCCACUAGAUUAAGAAUAUAUUGGUUUGGUAAAUUCCUUCAUCUUAUUUGUCUUUCUUAGUCACUUUUCCAUGUUUACUUCUCACACCUUUUGGAAACCGUAACAUUAGAAAUAAAAUCCAUUAUGACUGAGUUCUUUUAUUCUUCAUUGGCAUAGCCUUCCUAAUUAAAAAUGUUAGGGUUUAGUUAUGAAUUAAUUAUAAACUUCCUUCUGCUCCUUGCUGUGAGGAGAAAAAUAGUUAUCAGCCUGUUUAUCAGCCAAAAAUGAUAAAUAUGUGAGCAAUUAGAUAUUCAAUGAAAUCUAAGUGUUUAUGGUUUUAUAAUUGCAAUUUUUUUCUGUUUCAUUAGAAUGUUACUGUGUCAGAAUGAUUACCAAAAUUUCAUCUUUUAUUGAAAAUAUUUUGAAAAAUGUUAUAAUGUGUUACAUAAUUUUUGAAUGAAAUGACUUUUAAAAAUUUCUGUUAAAUAUGAGGUUAGAAGAAAACAAAAAGUUAGAAAAUUGAUACUGAUAAUAUAGAAAAUCAUUUAAAAGUAGUUAUUUCAUAAUAUAUAUUACUUUGGAACUUACCAAAACUUGUUUAAGGCAAAGUGGUUUUAAAAUAAAUGCAAGCAAUAAUUUAUUCAGAAAAUUUAUUUGAUGAUUAUUUUUUAUUGCCUAUCUAGAAUAAAAAAAAAAAUAGCCGAAGUCUUCGUAUUAAGAAUUUUGCCACUUUUAAAACAUAUCCACUUCAUUCUUAUAUUGAAAAAUGCAAGUAGGAGAUGUAUAUGCAAGUGUAACUCAGAUUACAAAUUUAAGUCAGUCAGUUAACAUUGUGUAACAAUUGUAUAUUUUUAUCCAUUACAUAAUAUUUGAAGUUGAUUUUAAAGUGCCAGUUUUUACUCUAUGCCAUUGCUAAUUGAAUUGUUGAUAUAUAACUGUUUUUCUUGCUAUGUCUGGAAUUUUAAGUGUGCAUCAAUUAGAUGUGCAUGUACUGAUAUUGGAUAUUCAGGUUUUCACUGUAAUUCUAUAAACAUUAUCUUAAUGCUACUUUUGUGCUUAAUUUUUCACUUGAAUAUGUUUUAAGUAAAUAAAUGUACUGUUUUUAUUGAGAAAUGCAGUAACUUUAUAACAAGUAAAUUAAUUGGACAAUAAUAAAAAUUUAUAGUCUUGGA